UCCUGUGUAGACAAACUCGCUUCCAGUUGGAGUUCUUGCAGUUGCAGUAGCUUGCGGCUCAAGGACUAUUUAUUGGAUCAGAAUUUCUUCCUUCUUCUUCCCUUCGAUUAUCUGCAAAUGAUGUUCACACGAACUGGUCGAAGACGGAAGUUUGCAUUUUUCUUCCAAAGCGAUUGUUUUUCCUCGAAGAUCUUACGUACGCAACGCUCCCCCUGCCGGUUUUCCUCAUCGCUGCGCUGCUUUUUUCAGCAGAUCGGAGGGAGAUCGGAGCUCUCGACACGAGGUCGCUUUCUACAUUCUGUGUUCUCGAGUGCAUACCACAAAUUACGGAUGAAACUAACCUUCUGUGCUUAAUUAUUCUAUGUGGAGCUCUGCCAGUGCCUAGAGCGAUAGUAAAUUUUCAUUUUGGAGUCUGUAAUAUGGCCUGGCUUGUUGCAAGGGAAGUUGUGGGAAUGAUUAAAUCUUGUCUUUUUAGCCUAAAUUUGAUGGUUCCUGGCUGGGGCACUGCCAUGGGAUCUGUUCUAAGUAGGUUUCAAGUGGCAGCUAGAAAUGAACCCAGUCAUGAGCCUCUGAUUCCUAGCCUCCCUGAUGACGUCGCUCUUUUCUGCUUGGCAAGAGUUCCACGGAAGUUCCACCCAAAAUUGAGACUUGUGUGUAAGCAAUGGAGAGACAUGGUUUGGAGCGAUGAGUGGUAUUCUUUCAGGAGAUAUUUUAAUUUUGACGAAGCAUUGAUAUUUGCUUUGUGUGGAGCCAACCAGCAAUAUAGUCACUGUUAUAUGUUAGACCCCAGUUCCUCACCAAGACUAUGGAAGCAUCUAAGCAUUCCACCACAAAUUUCACCACGAAUAGGCGUGGGAUUCGGAGCGCUGGGGAAGAAGAUUUACUUAUUGGGAGGUUAUAAGGAUCCUCAAUCCGUUAGUCAUCAAGUGUACUGUUGCGAUGUUUCUGCCAACAAGUGGUGUCGAACUACUUCGCUGUCAAUCCCGAGGUGCUAUUUUGCUUGUGAAGUUUUGGAUGAGAAAAUUUAUGCAAUUGGGGGUUCAGGUACAGCUGAUUCUUGGGACACGUAUGAUCCCUGCACAAAUGGUUGGAUCUCUCAGGUAGACCCUAUACUCAUUCCUAACAUAAAAGAUUCUGUGGUGUUGGAUGGCCAAAUAUAUAUCCGAUGCGGUGGUUUUCCACUUUUGCCUCAUGUCUAUGCCAUCAUGUAUAAACCAUCAAGGGGCUCAUGGCAACAUGUGGAUGCUGACAUGGCGUCUGGCUGGAAGGGUCCCGCAGUCGUCAUAGAUGGGGCUCUUUAUGUGUUGGAUUAUAGUUCAGGACUCCGGCUGAUGAAGUGGCGGAAGGAGAGCAAGGAUUGGGUGGUGGUGAAGAGCUUGUCACAGCGAUUGAUUCAACCUCCAUGCCGGCUUGUUGCAAUUGGCAAGGAAUUAUUUGUCAUAGGGAAGGGGCUUAGCACGCUGAUGUUCAAUGUGGACCAGAGUGAAAACUCAGGAGAAAUGGUGGAAUCUUCUAUAUCCCCAUUGACUUCCAAUUAUGAUGUAAUUAGCUGUAAAGUAGUAGCAGUAUAAAGUUGCUCAGGCUCAUUUAAAUUCAUGUUGGAUUGUGAUUUGUGACUCCGAAGGCCCCCUUUUUUAUGA